AUGAAUGACGUUCUGGAGGCCACCUCCCCUGCGACCAGCCUCAGCGGUCCGGCCGCCUGCGUCUGCAAAGUAGAGCUGCGUGUGUCCUGCAAGUCUCUGCUGGACCGAGACACGCUGAACAAGUCGGACCCCUGUGUCAUACUCAUGGUGCAGACCAAUGGACAGUGGACAGAGCUGGACAGGACAGAAGUGAUCAAGAGCAACUUGCACCCGGUCUUUGGGAAGGUUUUCUUAUUGGAUUACUACUUCGAGGAGGUUCAGAAGCUGCGGUUUGAAGUCUACGACAUCCACGGCACUCACAGCAUCGGCACCCGCGACGACGACUUCCUGGGAGGCGUGGAGUGCACUCUCGGCCAGAUUGUGGCCCAGAAGAAGAUGGUGAAGCCUUUGUUGCUGAAGUAUGGGAAAUAUGCCGGAAAAUCCACCAUCACAGUGCACGCCGAGGAAAUUUCUGGCAACAACGGAUACGUGGAGCUCUCCUUCCGAGCCAAGAAGCUGGAUGAUAAGGAUCUCUUCAGCAAGUCAGACCCCUUCAUGGAAAUCUAUCGAAUCAACGACGACGAAACCGAACAGCUUGUGCACAGAACCGAGGUGAUUAAAAACAACCUGAAUCCAGUGUGGGAGCCCUUCAAAGUGUCCCUCAUAUCCCUGUGCAGCUGUGACGAAGACCGGAAGCUCAAGUGCCUCGUGUGGGAUCAUGACUCCAGGGGGAAGCACGACUUCAUCGGCGAGUUCUAUGCCACGUUCAGGGAAAUGCAGAAAAUUUCCAGUGGAAAUAAGGUGUCGUGGGACUGCGUGAACCCCAAGUACAAGCAGAAGAAGAGAAACUAUAAGAAUUCAGGAGUUGUCAUCCUCACUGACCUUAAGCUCCACAGAGUGUACUCCUUCUUAGAUUACAUCAUGGGAGGAUGCCAAAUUCACUUUACGGUUGCCAUUGACUUCACAGCCUCCAACGGAGACCCCAGGAACAGCUGCUCAUUGCACUACAUCAACCCAUACCAGCCCAACGAGUACUUGAAGGCUCUGAUAGCAGUCGGCGAGAUCUGUCAAGACUACGACAGUGACAAGCGGUUUUCAGCCUUGGGGUUUGGUGCCAGAAUCCCUCCGAAUUACGAGGUGUCCCAUGACUUUGCCAUUAAUUUCAACCCAGAGGAUGAUGAAUGUGAAGGUAUCCAAGGAGUGGUUGAGGCAUACCAGAACUGCCUUCCUAAGAUCCAGUUGUAUGGCCCAACCAAUGUCUCUCCGAUCAUUAACAGGAUAGCCAAGCUGGCAGCAGGCGAUGGCAACAUUAAAGAUGCUUCUCGAUACCACAUCCUGCUCAUCCUCACUGACGGCGUGGUGACCGACAUGGCAGACACACGUGAAGCCAUUGUACGAGGCUCCUAUCAACCCCUCUCCAUUAUCAUCGUCGGUGUGGGCAAUGCAGACUUCACAGACAUGCAGAUUCUGGAUGGAGAUGACGGAGUCCUGCGCUCACCAAAGGGCGAGCCAGUCCUCAGGGACAUUGUGCAAUUUGUGCCCUUCAGAGACUUCAAAACGGCUUCACCCGCGGCCCUGGCUAAAUGCGUUCUGGCAGAGGUGCCCAAGCAAGUAGUAGAGUACUACAGCCAUAAGGCCAUCUGCCCUAUGGUUCCUGUGAGGGACUUAAUGACCCCCAUCAUGAGCCCGGUUGCCACCACCCCAACAGAAUAA